ACCAACAAGCUUCAGUAUCUUUUAUAAAUCUACGCAGAAGACGUUAGAGGUUGAUUUUAGCAACAGCACCAUGAUAAAAGAAGUGUUAAUAAUCAAUAUGCUAAUUGCAUUAUGCAUGUGCCUUCCCGCGUCGGUGGAUCAGAAACAGUCGGUGGCAGCCGUCGUUGAGCAAAUCCCCGUGGCGGAGAGCAACGAUGCCAAUGAGGAGCUGGACACUGCAGAAACUGCCCAUCGCGGACAUCACCAUCGCCGGCAUGGUGGCUUCGGUUAUGGUGGCGGUUACGGAGGCUAUCGUGGUUAUGGCGGUGGCGGAUACGGAGGCGGUGGAUUCGGUGGCGGUUAUGGAGGUGGAUUCGGAGGAGGAUAUGGAGGUGGUGUGGCGGUUGCAGUUGGUGUUGGAGUGGGAGGUGGUUUCCUUGGUCGAUAAUAAAAGAGUUAAGUUCAGCUACGUCAUAAGACGUGUGUGUGUGUGGUGAAACGUACCCUUUGAUGCUAUGAGUGUCAUACUUUUAUAUAUAAAUGUCAGUAUGAGAGUACAGUCAGUCACAAAAUUUAACGGAUUAGAUGAACAUAUUUAAGAAUCCAAAGAAUAAUACAUUGUUCUUUAGGUUUCCAUUAAUUCAUUUCAAUAUUAUUCUUUUUUAUCAUGUUUAUAAGGUACAUUGAGGGAAGUAGAGAAGGAAAAAUCGAUAGUGCAUGUUUGAAUUAGUGUAAAACCAGUUUAAAUGAUUUAAAUGCAUUAAAUCGAAAUGGGCUAUCAAAAGCAGUCAAUUUUGUACCAACUGUGCGGAAAUACAUACCAUGUUGGUCGCUUGAAAUUUAUGAAAAUAGAUUUCAAAGUUA